UCCCAAACCGGCGCGGCGAGGCCCAGAUUUUCGCCGGCGCCACCGUCGCACCUUGCCUCACUCCACCGAGGCACGCCGCCACCUCCGUCGUCCCCUCUGCUGGGUUGGCGCGGAGUGGGGAUCCGAGGUCCAGCCGGACUCAUCUUCUCCAUUGGAUCCUCCUCCCUCUACAUCGCCACCUCCCUCCCUGAUCCCAUCCGCCGCCAUCUAGUGUCCCUGCGUCUCCAGAUCAAGAUCUAGACGGACGCCAACUCGCCUUGGAAGCUCGUGCUGCCGCGAUCCCUCCGGCUCCCCGUCGACCUCCAGGCAGCCACAACAACCUUCAGCUUCAACCGAGGCAGCUGCCCAACUCUAGCUCCUUGUCUCCCUCAGUUGUGGUGCAUAGGCACCCGGUGCAUUAGGUGGACUGUAUCAUUGGUUAUCAGCCACAGCUUUAGAAGACGAUGUAUCUCGUGGGCCUAUUCAUUCUCGAUCGGCCGGUUGAAAUUUGUUGAAUUGAACAAGGUUACCUGGUCUGGUGAUAUGUCACUCAGACUUCCACUUCCGCAAGGGCUCUCCUUUUUCAAAAGUGUUGGGUGGUUCGAGGAUAGUAAGGUUGACGCUGCUGCCAAACAGCAGCUGUCUCCGAAGUUUAAACUCCAGACAGAUAAGGAGGUGUACAGACCUGGUGAUUCAGUUACCGCGACUAUAGAAAUCUGUAGCCCCACCAGUUUAAACGAUGAUGCGGGAACGGUGUCGGGCGAAGAUAUCCCAUCUCUCUUGGUAGAUGGGCUAUCAUUUGAACUUAAAGGAAUUGAGAAGUUGGAUAGUCAAUGGUUCUCUGUUCCAAAGCCCUUACCAGGGUCUAAGCAAAGGAGAGGUGAAUAUUUGUUUUUGGAUUGUUCGGCGCCAUCAUUAGUCUCUAAAGUAAUAAUUGCUUCGGGGCAAACAAAAACAUAUAUUGUACGUCUUGAGCUCCCGAAGAUUUUACCACCAUCAUAUAGGGGAAUCAGUAUUCGGUAUAUUUAUUAUGUUAGGAGUACAUUGUCUGGGAGAUUGAUUGAGAGUAAUGGAGAUCAAACUAAAGGCCAUGUAAAUAGUGCCAUUCAGUUGGAAGCUCGAGUCCCUUUACAGAUAUGUGUUUCCCAGAAAAGCAGCAACUUACUUGAUGAAGAAGGGAGUUUCCCACUCUCAGUUGAGCAACUGAGCAUAUUUUGGAGGGAAAAAGAUGAAGAUUCGGAAUGGAUCAGAGCAAAUGAUAAUACUGAUCUAGAAGAAGGAUAUGAUAGUUCAAAAGAUGAAGUUUCAUCGGUUUCCUCAUACAACCCUUCCAAAUCAAAUACGGAAUUCCCCCUCAGGAACUCAACAUCCACACACUCGCUGUCAUCACGUCUCUCCACCAAUGAAGCAUUGUAUUCUCAGGGAGAGGGCUCCACUUUCCCAUCAUAUAGUGCCAUUCCUCGAUUGUCAGUGUCCGAGAUUUCAGACGAUCAUGGUGGAGGAAUGGUGUCACCUCUAAGGAAGCUAGAUCAUCUGCAUUUAGAUCACCCUCCACCAAACGGUCAAAGGUUUUCUUUAGAUUCCGAUAGACCAAAAGAUGAUGUUGGACUCCCUCUCACACCAAAACAUGUUGAACCGUCUGGAUCAGAAGGCUUUAUGAGAGGAAGAUCAUACAAUAUACGAAUAGAUGAUCAAGUCUUGCUUCGUUUCUCACCGAAGAAUUCUGACUCAACUUAUUACUUUGGUGAUAUGAUUGGUGGAGCACUUACUUUUUUCCAUGGAACUGGAAUACGUAGAUGCCUAGAGGUAUCUGUAACCUUGGAAACAUCAGAGACAAUUAAUCCUCGUGUAAUACAUCCUUCAAGAAGGGUCUCACCCACAAUAACCAAGGUACACAGUGAACAUCAUGAAGUUGUUGCAGAUCUUCAUCAGACGAGCUUUCUCUUUUCCGUUCCUAUUGACGGACCAAUGUCAUUUGCUACUUCAAAGGUCUCUGUACAGUGGUCCCUUAGAUUUGAGUUCUUCACAACCCCUGCAGGAAUGGACCCAUCUAGGUAUGAGCAUCCACUUCUUGUUGAGAAAAGGGAGAAGGGGGACUGGGUCCUCCCAAUAACAGUUUAUGCACCUCCACAACGUAGACGAGCUACUCAUGGAAGAAACGAUAGAUCUGUGUUAGUUGGAAAUCUGUUCAACUCUUGAAGAUUCACAAGUGGCUGCUGUUAUUUGAAAAUCAGUAGCAGGUUUGUAUCUGUGGACCUCUGGUGAGUAUUAUAUGUAGUUCAGCAUGCACACCUGGACCCAGGCCCGUACGUGUAAAAUACCUAUAAAAGGAUAAAGAACACAUUGAGUGAGGGGAAACUUGGGUUACACAAAUAGUCUGUGAUGUAUAUAGCUCAUCAACAGAGAACAGACCAGCAACUGCUGCAUUUGCACUUGAUUUAAGUGAGGCGGCACCGGUAGUGCAAGAUACUAUACCAUACGAACCAUUAGCGCAUCCAGUGUCACCGCGACAUCGAAUUUGUACCUGCUCUACGGAUGGACUGAUUUUUUGGGGGUGCCCAAUUAGGUAUUUACACCCUUGCGGUUGGUUACAUGUACCUGGGAUAUCUUCCCUGUAAUUACAUUGUUUUGCGGAAACCAUAUACAGUACUUGAUUGUGCA